AUGAUUUUUUUUUUUGCUCUAGACACAAAAAUCCUUGUUGCUUGCGGAUUGCUGUGUACAAAAUGGUCACAGGUCAAAGGAUUGUUGUAGUUUUUAGCAUUUAGUGUUGAUAAAAUCAGGC